AUGGCCAGUGGAGACGACUCCUCUGAAACAGAGGAGGACUAUGUAUCCUUGGAAGGAGAUCCUCUUCUACCCCACAAUCGCCAGCAAAUCGACUUCCGCUCUGGCCGAGAGACACUGCAAAGAAGUAAAUGUGAUACUUUGGUGCUGGCUAUUUUCAAGAUUUGUUUUUGUUCUCUUGGUCUAUGGGGACAUCAGCUGUGGAAUUACAUCCCUCGGGUUUUAGUCGGGGCAAUCGUCGUUUAUCAAGCUGUUUACGAUUUUUAUGUUGUGCUUGGUUGUCCCGGCUUUGAUUGCGGCUUUCUACAAAAUUCAACGGAUAAGAACAAGACUUCACAUCAUAAAGAUGACAGGAAAAUUGCAAACGCUCUUUACACGAUCGUCACAGUAGCGGCUGUCAUUUCUUACUUUCUUUUCAUUGGUUGUUUCAUCGCAACAGGAAGGAACACUUACGUUGCAUUAAUAACUCCUUCUGAAUCUCUAGAUGCAAACAACAAUGAUCUGGACAAAAAGAACGUCCACUGCUUGUGUUUUGCGUUUACUGUUAUAACAACGCUGUUUCUAUGCUCAGUGGCAGUGUUUUAUGCCAUAAUUUGGAGUCAACCUCGAAAUUCCUUUUUUGACAUACUCGCAACUGGAGUGGGUGCGCAGUUUUUCGCACAAUGGACGGCAAUUACAACCUGUCAUGUGUUUGCUGUCAGCUCGUUUGCACUUGGUAAGUCAUACUUUGAAAAGGCCACUUCCCCUCCCCAGAUUUGUGGCUAAAAAAUUAAAGGUUAAUUAAUCAGUACACUUGUCACUUUUGGGUGCCCAUUGAUACAAAGCUUCAGUGGGACGGAACUGGUUUUAACCUUGGAAUUUCGAGCAAGAAUGAAUAUAUCUAAAGACAUUCACAUAUUUUUUUCUUAUUUUCGGCGAUACAAGCGAAUUGAAGCUCUGCAGUUGCUACCAGGCGUAGUCAGUCGAUAAACCGAUAAUCGAUAUCAAUCGAUAGCAAUCGACAACAAUCGAAGAUUGAUAUCGAUUUCCGAUACCAAUCGAUAGAAAUCGAUAAAGAAAUUGAUUUAUCGAAUGUUAUCGGAAAAGAUUGUUGUCGCUUUACAAGUUAAUCAUCGACACAAUGUUGUCUGUAUGGUUUUAUUGAGUCAUUCAAUCAUCAUAGCAUGCAAUAGGUUUACAAUUAUCAACAAAAUACUAUAGGAACAAAAACAACAACAGGAACGUUUGGUCUUUUUAUCGAUCUUCAGCUUCAGCGCAGUUCAUAAUACAGGAAGAAGAAGAAGCUGCGGCCAAUGUAGCGGUGUGCAACCCUGGGCUAGUCUCGUUAUAGCAACGCCUUUUAAAAAGAUGAAGCAGAAUAAAUAACAAAAUCAAUGUUUUUAUGAUGUCAAUUAGUCGCAUUAAGAAAGAAACGUAAGAUAACGCUGAAAUGAGUGGACAUGUAAAACCAAGUGGGAUGAACACUCCGCCUUGACUAGACGAUGAAAUCGAUAAUAAAUUGCUUAACCUUAAAAGCCUUUCUCGUAUAUUCGUUUACUAGAUAACAACGCCAGUCUUCAGUAAUAUGUUUGAAAUAAAUACUCUUUUGGAUUAUCGACUGUCAUCGAUGAUUAUCGAUUAUCGAUUGUUAUCGAUUUUUGCCAAUCGAUAAAAAUCGAUUUUUUUGUGAGUUCGAUUGUUAUCGAUUACCGAUAUCAAACGAUAGCGAUCGGCGAUUGAUAUCGAGUGUAUCGAUUGAUUUCCGAUAUCGAUUUCUAUCGAUUGACUACGCCUGUUUGAGGCGCAAGGUUGAGAACACUCUCCUCCCACCAAUCUGGCCCUGGUUCGAAUUCUGGCGUUGACGCCAUAUGUGGGUUGAGUUUGUUGUUGGUUCUCUCUCUUGCUCCGAGACUGUUUUUUUUCUCGGGUAUUCCGCUUUUCCCCUCUCCUUAAAAACCAACGCUUCCAAACUCCAAUUCGAUCUGGAACGCACGGACAAAUUUUAACGAGUUCUCAUCAACUCCUAAGUGCUCCGUGGGUAAACAAAUUACAAUUUACAAUUUCUUUUACAAAUUUUUUCGCUCCGUUUCAGUUACGCCCAGCUGUUUAAUUCAGUAUUGUUCCACUUGUAUUUUUCUAAUACUUCAUGGUCCCGCUCUGGCUCAUAAUACCAUAAUCAGGCUUGGUUCUCUUUUAUACACCAGGUACUUUUGCACAAGAUGCCUUUAGACAUAUCCAGAACCUGGAGCAAAAUAAGACUCUUGAUGACGUCAUAGACAUUUACGAAAACCUGUGUACAGUAGUCUUCAACACCGUAUCAGCCUAUAGCGUGUGGUUUGUGGUUCACUGGUUCAGUUACGGUGCAGGAGUUGUAUUAUCAGUUAUAUACAUUUCCAAAGAAUUCCUCGAGAGGAAUAAGUAUGGUACACCAACCUUGAACCUGGUGUACCUCGGCUUAUUCUUUGUUUGCCACGUUUACUUGUUUCUUCUUCCUUGUAUGUUUGCUGCCAGGAUCACAAAUUCUUGUAGUGGUAAGGAGAAUUUAGAAAUUAAUUUAUUGCUGCAAUGUACCGCUAUAAAGUUACUUUCUCAGUCUCUGAGUAAUCGGUAGUCUUCAGUGGCGGAACCAGACCUUUAUAUAAGGGGGGAAGGGGGGGUCCGGUCAUCCAGACCCUGACAAAAGGGGGGACCCGGUCUCAAAAAAAUUUUUUUCGGCCCUUCGGGCCUCAGUUUGGUGUAAAAAUAAGGGGGAACGGAUCCACCGGGCCCCUCUCCUGGAUCCGCCACUGGUCUUGAAUUCUGGACUCCACGCUGUGGAUCGCCGGUUUUCAGGUACUGGGUUCCGGAUUUUUUUUAGUAAAAAUUGGAUCCCUGAGGUGGGGGGAGGGGGGAGAAGCGUUGAAGCCUGGGACACCCUGCGCCCCGUUGUGUUCCCUCGCCCAAAGCUUGCCACGCAAGCUGUGGCAAGGUCUACAGUCUACGUAUCUCUUUCCAUAAUGGGAAUCUCUAAAGAAGUAUUUAAACCAGGAGUACCAUAAUGAAGUAUGUUGUGGUACCUUGCUCGUAAUAACGAUUUCAUAAUUGCAGUACUUUGUCCGUUUUUCUUUUUCAAGGUAUCUGGGAGAAAAUAAACUGCAGUACAAAUGACGACUGGAAUGAAGGUCAUCCAUUAAAAGAUCGUAACCAACUAACCAUGUUUGUUGCCUACGCUGAGAGGAGACGAUGUGGGUUUAAAGUUGGGCGGAUAACUUUUAAUACAUCGCUAGCAUGGCUUUCUUUCUUCUUUGGACUCACGGGUUUGCUGUAUCACUUCUUUUGA